AUGGCUCCCGCACAAAAAAGAAAGUCAGUCGAGGAUGAUUUCGUCCACACGAUAUCAGAUAAUGACGAAGAUGUCGCCGAGGAGGAAUUGAUGCCGGCCGAGCCACCCAAGAAGAAGACAAAGACGACUAAAAAAGCAAAGAAAGCUUCCAAAAUUAAAAACAGCGCAGAAGACGAAGAUGAGGAGGCCGACGGUGUAUGGGGCCGUAAAGACGAUGACGACGGUGCCAUGGACGCCGAUUUCGAAUUCAUGGCUGAUAAUGCCGGCGACUUUGGUGAGGAAGAGUUUGAGGGCUGGGGCUUCGAAGGUGCUAGAAAGAGCAUGAACAUGAACAAAAAGAUGGUGGACAUUGACGAUAUUAUUCGAAGAAGAAGGGAAAGAAAGGGAGAAGCCCCUGCAGAUCCCGAGGACGAGGUCGAGGACGAGGACGAAGAAGAUAUAUUUGGGGAUGGCAUGGAAAUGGACGACGAUGACGAUGAGGUUCUCGCUGAGGACGCAUUCGGCAUGAAUGUUGAUCUAGGUUCAGAGGAGGAGGAUGAAGAAACUAAAGGAAACGGCAACGAGGAAAAUGGCGACAAACAAGAGGAUGGCGCUGCGUCUGACAAUGAUUCUGUUGCCACUCCAGAGGCUCAUCCUGACGAUGACGAGCUAUCCGAGACCAGCGAUCAAGAAGAUGCCGAAGAAGAAGCCAAACGAGUGGCUUUCUUCGCUCCCGAAGAGAAGCCUAAGGGUGGUAAGGAAGCAAAGAUUUCUUCUUUCCAGGCCAUGUCCCUUUCUCGCCCCAUCCUCCGCGGUCUCACCAAUGUCGGCUUUACAAAGCCUACACCCAUUCAAUCCAAGACCAUUCCUAUUGCUUUGAUGGGUAAGGAUAUUGUUGGUGGAGCCGUCACUGGCUCUGGUAAAACUGGUGCUUUCAUCAUCCCCAUCCUCGAACGACUGCUGUACCGACCGAAAAAAAUCCCGACUACCCGAGUAGUUGUUCUUACGCCCACUCGUGAGUUGGCAAUCCAGUGUCACGCGGUCGCGACCAAGCUUGCCGCGCACACGGAUAUCAAAUUCACUUUGGCUGUCGGAGGUCUCAGUCUAAAAGUCCAAGAAGCUGAGCUCCGCCUCCGUCCCGAUGUUAUCAUCGCUACGCCGGGUCGUUUCAUCGAUCAUAUGCGUAAUUCGGCUAGCUUUCCCAUCGACACGGUUGAGAUUCUUGUUCUUGACGAGGCUGAUCGAAUGCUGGAGGACGGUUUCGCCGACGAACUGAACGAAAUACUCACCACUCUUCCCAAAUCCCGGCAGACUAUGCUGUUCUCUGCUACCAUGACGUCAACAGUCGACAGACUUAUCCGAUUGGGCAUGAACAAACCCGCCAGAGUCAUGGUCGACUCGCAGAAGAGGACUGUAGGUACACUGGUUCAGGAAUUUGUGCGCCUGCGCCCUGGUCGAGAAAACAAGCGCAUGGGCUACCUGACACACCUCUGCAAGACGCUGUACACAGAACGAGUCAUUGUUUUCUUCCGCCAAAAGAAGGAUGCUCAUGAGGCCCGAAUCAUCUUUAGCAUUCUGGGAAUGACUUGCGCAGAGCUUCACGGGAGCAUGAGCCAAACAGGACGUAUCGAGAGUGUGGAAGCUUUCCGAGACGGCAAGGUCAACUAUCUCCUCGCGACCGAUCUGGCGUCCCGCGGUCUGGACAUCAGGGGCGUAGACACAGUCAUCAAUUAUGAAGCACCUCAGUCGCUGGAGAUUUACGUGCACAGAGUCGGACGUACGGCCCGUGCUGGUCGCAAGGGUGUGGCAUUGACUCUGGCUGCCGAAUCAGACAGAAAGGUGGUCAAGGCUGCAGUCAAGGCUGGCAAAGCCCAGGGAGCCAAGGUCACGAGUCGCAUCGUUGAAGCUGAGAAAGCAGACAAGUUGCAGGCUGAAAUUGAUGGUAUGGAGCAGGAGAUUAAGGAGAUUAUGCGAGAAGAAAAGGAAGAGAAGCACUUUGCGCAAGCAGAGAUGCAGGUUAGAAAGGGAGAGAACAUGAUUGAGCACGAGGCCGAGAUCAAGUCACGGCCCAAGAGAACAUGGUUCGAGACGGAGCACGAGAAGGGCAAGGCGAAGGAGGCUGGCAAGACAGAGCUGAAUGGUCCGCGCCAGUCGUCGAAGAAGAAGCUGGGCAAUGCCAGCAACAAGGUAAAGAAGCAGUUGGACAUCAAGGCAGAGCGAGCAGAUGGUAUGGGGUGGAGGAAAGGCAAGACGGAUGCGCUGAAUGCACAGAAAAAGCAGAGCCAAAAAGGAAAAGGCGGCAAGAAGGGCAAGGCCGGCGGGCGCAAAUGA